UUUUCGUGCUUUUGAUGGGUAUGAGGAAUGGUUUUCAUCGGCUUUUAUAAAAAAUAAGAACGUGAAUCCACAAGAAAAUAAAAAUCAUAUCUAUCAAAUCCAGAAUCAAGCACUGUUGGUCGCUGGCUCAACACCCACCCUGUGAAUAAUCAUGGAGGACACAGACUCUUACUUAUUUACUUUUAAAGGCUAUAAUUUUGAGCCUUCUCUGAUUGAUAUUGACCACCUAGAAAAUCUAGAUGAUUUUGAAAUUAGAGAUGACGAUGUCUUCAUAGUCACAUACCCGAAAUCUGGUACAAUCUGGACUCAGCAAAUUAUAAGCUCUAUUUAUUUCGAGGAUCAUCGGAACAAAAAUUCCCACGAGGACACAUUAGCUAGAGUACCUUUCUUGGAAUAUAAUAUACGCAAAGUGGACUUUUCCAAGCGCCCAUCUCCUCGCCUCUUUGCUACCCACCUUCCCUAUUACAUAAUGCCAAGGGGUUUGAAGAACAAAAAGGCUAAAGUAAUUUACAUCUACAGAAAUCCUAAGGAUGUGUUGGUCUCAUUUUUCCAUUUUUCCCAAUUUGUGACUCUAUUAGAAGUUUCAGACACUCUGGAAAAAUUCAUGGAAAGAUUUCUGGAUGGAAGAGUUGUAGGAAGCCUUUGGUUUGAUCACGUCAGAGGCUGGUAUGAGCACAGACAUAAUUUCAAUAUUCUGUUUAUGAUGUAUGAAGAUAUGAAGAAGGAUCUUAGAGGAUCUGUGCUUAAAAUCUGCAAUUUUCUUGAGAAAAAAUUGAGUGACGAGGCAGUGGAUGCAGUUGUGAACCUGGCCACAUUUCAGAACAUGAAGUCUGACCCACAAGCAAAUUAUAGGAAAAUCCUUAAAGAUGAAAUUGGAACAAGGAAAGAUGGACUUUUCCUACGCAAAGGUACCAUUGGAGACUGGAAAAAUCACUUGACCGUGGAACAGAAUGAAAGAUUUGACAAGGUCUUCCAAAAGAAGAUGAAGAAUGUUUCCUUGAAGUUCAUCUGGGAUAUAAAUGAGGAGUAGAAUUCUAA